ACCAACUCCAAAUGAAGUCAGCAGCGCGAAGCUCCCCUGAACAAUAAUGGCUUCUACCGCUCCCCGACCGGCCAUUGCUGCUAGAUAUCAUCAGGUACGGCCGAAUCGGAGUGAGUGCUACAAAGAACGAGCGCGUCGAAAGCUUUAAAGCAACACCACUUCCCAUCUCUUCUUCCAGAGUCAUACAACCGCUCUUCGUCCUCAACGGCACUGAACACCAUUCCAACCCUACGCAACCAUCCUUCCACAGUAAUGGCCCCCAAAAUCGCCAUCAUCGGCGCCGGCCCAGGUGGCUGCAUACUAGCGCGUCUGCUCCACCAGCACAACAUUCCCUGCACUAUCUUCGAAGGCGAAAAAUCAGUCAACUACCGCUCGCAAGGCGGGACACUCGACCUGCGCGCCCGCACGGGGCUCCAAGCCGUCAAAGACGCCGGGCUAUGGCCCGAAUUCCUCAAGCAUGCGCGCUACGACGGCGAGAGCAUGCUCAUCUGCGACAAGAGCCGGCGGGCGUGGAUGAAGCGGCCUCCUAGCAAACAGGGCGAGAAGAACGCGCUGCAUCAGGCGCCGGAGAUUGAUCGCUCGGCGCUGCGGCAGAUGCUGAUGGAGAGCUUGCCCGAGGGCAUCGUGCGGUGGAACUAUCGGCUGAAGAGCGUGGAGCCGGAUAUGGCCAUGGUUUUUGAGAAUGGAGAGGUGCAGCGUGGGUACGAUUUGAUCGUGGGUGCGGACGGCGCCUUCAGCAAAGCGCGGAAUCUGCUCUCCUCGGAGAAACCGUUCUACUCUGGUCUAGGCGGCUAUAGCCUCUCGAUACCGGACGCGGAGAACACGGCACCAGAAGUUUACAAACUCGUCAACCGCGGCAGCGUAUUCUCCUUUGGUGACCUCAAGACGCUGAAUGCGCAGCAGCUGGGCGACGGAAGCAUCAAUAUCUCUUACUACGCGCACUUUCCCGAGGACUACGCCUCAACAUGCGGGUACGACGUAACGGACUUGGAAUCCGUCAAGAAAGAGCUGAGAAGGGAAUUGCACGACUGGUCCCCAGAGUUGAAGAACACCUUCGAGAAGGCCCAAGGGACCGUGCAGUGGAGAAACCUGUACAUGCUCCCCGUGGGCUUCCAGUGGGAGCACAGGAAGGGGCUCACACUUCUCGGCGACGCAGCACACCUUAUGACUCCAUUCGGCGGCAUCGGAGUUAAUACAGCUUUCUACGACGCCAUGUUGCUCUCGCGCGCCAUUAUCGACUACACCAAUUCGGCAGGCGCUAACGACCUCGAUACACACGUUAUCAAGUACGAGAAUGAGAUGCUCGCUUUCGCAAAGGAAGGGCAGAUAUUGACCGAAGGGUCGAUGAAGGAUAUGUUGUUCACGCCAGGCGCGCCUCGGACGUCGAUUGAGUCCUAUAUUCUGCGCCAUAUGAGACCUGAAUUUCCUGCUUGGUCGCAUCCGUUCCUCUCGGUGCUGGUACAUACGGUGUACUUCUUCUACAAGCUGUUUGUGUGAGCCUCGUCGGGGUGGAAGUCACAUAGCAGUGGAGGAGGAAGAGUAGGGUAGUUCACCGCUUAGCGUUUCCUUUGUAGAGCUAUUCCUUCCUCUUGCACACCGUCUCCCUUCUCUAUACCCACCUCAUUCUGAGCCAUACUUUUCUCAAGGUUCUCAAAGCCGAUAGAUUGCGCACACGACAGCGUACACGGUGAACAUUUUUCAAAAAGAAACGGACUGCAUUCAUUGUAGGCUUCCAGCAGUGCCCUUCCAGGCCAACAGAACCCUCUACACAUCACCAGCCCCAACCCGCCCCCUACGUCAUACUCAAACUAAACCCCGUCGUCGUAAACA